AUGGCUCGACGUCAUACUGUAUCUUAUGGUAAAUUGUCGCAGGCACAGCUAAAGAGAUGCUCGUCGAGGCACGACAAAGAUCCAUUUCAGUACAACUUCAUGCGACCCAUGACACUGACCCAUCAUGUCCGCAGACUACAACAACUUAAACCCAAAAAAUUUGUACAGCUCCCGACAGCUAACCAGAUCGUCCUUUACUAUUGGGAUAGAGUCGUGCAAGCCACCAAUGGUCCACCAGAGCUAAUUCAGGACGCUCCAACGGCGGUUUUCCCGGUGCGUUUUCUCCUCCAGGCCAUGGUCCUGUUCAAGGAAAAUCUCUCGAGAUGGAUGCCGUUUCGCAAAGGUGGCUUAAAAACUGAGACUAGUAUUGACUGUCUUUGGGAGUUGUGGCCCUAUGCUGAUGAGAGUCGCCCAGCUCUUUCACAAGAGUUUGUCGAGGAUGCCGUCCGGCUUCUCGUGACACGUUUCAUCCCCUUGAACCUGGCAGAUCUCGAGGGUUGGAUGUCUGAUCCAGAAGAGUGGGUCAAUCUAGAAGACAAAGAAGACGAUCAAUGGGAGUAUGAAUUCCAUGUGGUGAAUGCAUCUUGA